AUGAAUGUUAUACUGACAAAUAAACUAAGGAAGUGUUCAUACACUGGGAGUUUUAGAUUAUUAUCAACACCGCGGUCUGUAACAUUAUACCCUUGCUUUGCUGUUUCGGAAACGACCACCGGAAGCUUGCGUGAGAUCACAAUAUGGCAGGAAGCGACGUCCCUGGUUACUGUAACAGGAGAGAGGAGGGAAAAAAACGACCCCCCCCCCCCCUGUAGUAGAUUUGCUCUUAGCUCAUUUUUUGGCACCGUUCCUCCACUGGAGUUCUUGCAUUUACUCUUUAGGCUAGAGAGGAAGAAAGAAGGGUCGAGCGUUAGUGCUGGGUUUGUGAGGGACGGGGUUGUUGUUGUUAUUGCUGCUUGUUUUCCCCACCUCCCUGUCCUGGCGAAAGCUCAAAGCGCUAAAAUGGAGGCGGAAAGAUCCGGCGGAGUAGCAGGGGGAACGAACCAGAACUCUGGAGGCAGCGGCGUGGGGCGCAACCCGAACGGGCCGAAAUCAGUGCUCGGGCAGGCGACAACAGCAGCAGCGGCAGCGAUGGCUGGAUCGUCGCAGCCUCGAGAACCACAAGACGGCGACGCAGGCCUAUCGCUUCCCGGGAUCUUGCACUUUAUCCAGUUCGAAUGGGGACGCUUCCAGACCGAGAAAUAUCGUUGGGAAGCCGAGCGAGAUGAACUCAGGGCUCAGGUGACGUUCCUGCAGGGCGAGAGGAAGGGGCAGGAGAACAUGAAGCAGGACCUGGUCAGGCGGAUUAAGAUGUUGGAGUACGCCCUUAAACAAGAGAGGUCCAAACACCAGAAGCUGAAGACAGGCAGUGACCAGAGCCCAGGGGAGAAGAAACCAGAGGCAGAACAAGUGCCUAAUGGGCCAACAGAGUCUGAAUCUGAGCCAGCCAAUCAGAUGUCCUGGAAGGAGGGCCGUCAGCUACUGCGCAAGUACCUGGAGGAGGUGGGCUACUCGGACACCAUCCUGGACAUGCGUUCGAAGCGCGUGCGCUCCCUGCUGGGUCGUACCAGCCCCGAGGCUAACGGCACCCCGGCCAGCAGCGAGCAGCAGCCCGCCCCGGACCCCGAGCCCCUGGCAGGGGGGGAGUCACUCCUCAUCAGACAGAUAGAGGAGCAGAUCAAGAGGAACGCGGCGGGGAAGGAUGAUUCUAAGGAGCGCCUGGGUGGUUCCGUGCUGGAUAAGAUCCCCUUCCUACACGGCUGCCAGGAUGACGAUGAGGACGACAGUGAUGAGGAAGAUGACUUCCAGGGCAUGGGCACGGACCGUAUAGACGGGCAGCGCAACAAGAACAAGAAGCCUCGCGUUAAGAUGGGGACUGAGCCCACGACCACAGACCUGGACCCUGAUGAUGAGGAGGAGGAUGAAGACGACUCGGAGGAUGCCCUGAGCGAGUUUGACUUCCUGGGAUCAGGGGAGGAGGGGGAGGGGGCGGGAGAGGCCCGGAUCUCAGGGGACGGCCGGGAGUUAGAGAACCGCAGGAACAAGUUACAGGGCUUGAUGUCGGACUUCCCCCCCAAACCCUCCCCGCCCCCCUCUGUUUUGGGACAGUCUCGCUCCGGGGAAGGUGGCGCUCUGGGUUUUUCCUCCGACGUCUUCAUCCUGGACGCCGUCGGGGGCGGAGACAUGAACCUGGGGGAGCUGGCUGACCUCACCGUCGCCAACGACAACGACCUCACUGUGGAUCUACAAGAUAACCGGGAGGAGUUCAAGAAGACGUGGAACCCUCGCUUCACGCUGCGCAGCCACUUUGAUGCCAUCAGAGCGUUGACGUUCCACCCCAGCCAAGCCGUUCUACUCACAGCCUCCGAGGACGGAACCCUGAAGCUGUGGAACCUCAACAAGGCCAUACACUCCAAGAAAAAUGCAGCGCUGGACGUUGAACCCAUCUACACCUUCAGAGCCCACAGUGGUGCUGUUCUGUCUCUGGCAAUGGGAAAGGACGGAGACUCGUGCUACAGCGGGGGUCUGGAUGGAACCGUGCGCUGCUGGAAGAUCCCUGACAUCAACGUGGAUCCCUACGACAACUACGACCCGGCCAUAGAGAGCAGUGUGUUGUCGGGUCAUGAGGACUCAGUGUGGGGUCUGACGUACUCUGCCCACCACCAUCGGCUGGCCUCCUGCUCUGCAGACGGGACCGUUCGCAUCUGGGCACCCCAGAACUCUGCCCCCUGUCUCUCCGUCUUCAACAAGGAGAAAGAGCACGGAACACCCACCUCGGUGGCCUUUGUGAACUCUGACCCCGACCAGGCGGUGGUGUCAUUCGACGGCGGCGAGACGCUGCUCUAUGACCUCAACACAGAGCAGAGCAUCAUGGUCCUGGAGACCGGCACCAAGGACGGCAGUAAGCUGAUUAACUGUGUGGUCAGCCACCCUUCUGAGCCCAUCUCCAUCACCGCACACGAGAACCGCACUAUCCGCUAUCUGGACAACAAGACAGGAAAAGUGAUCCACUCCAUGGUGGCACACCUGGAUGCUGUCACCUGUCUGACCACGGACCCCAAAGGCACUUACCUCAUCUCUGGCAGCCAUGACUGUUCGGUGCGUCUGUGGAUGCUGGACAACAGGACGUGUGUGCAGGAGAUCACGGCCCACAGGAAGAAGCACGACGAGGCCAUUCACGACGUGGCCUUCCACCCCUCGCAGCCCUUCAUCGCCUCGGCCGGCGCCGACGCACUCGCCAAGAUCUUCGUCUGAGAGGAGGCACAGACGGGGACCAUCAUCCUCCUUGCCCGACAAACACAACUUGGCCAGAGGAGAGUGAUGACUACAAUGGACAAACCUCACCUGCCUACACACGCAAUUUCACAGUUACACACACACACACACACACACACACGAGACUGUGUCCUGCACCCCACUGGCUGGGUCAUCGCCAACAGGACACUAUUACCCACAGUUCUCUAGCUGUCCCAUGAUGCCUCACUAACUUGUUGCAAUACUAACCAUACUGCUUUUCUAACGACUUAUCUGGCUGCUCGGUUUCUUAGGUCAGUUUACUACACUGUUCAUUUCUACCUUUACAGUCCACUCAUGGUUCUAAUUAAGGCAGUGUGCGCGUUGACAUUGAUCACUACACAUGCCGAUGCAUCACCUACUACAAUUAGUGACGCGUACCCACACACACGCGGAUUAACAUUCAGUUUGAAACUGUCUUUUUUUUUAUGUUUAAAAUAUAUAUAUAAAAAGCUUAGCUCACCAGUUACUAACACACAUAAGUACCUGACUACAGUAGAGUCCAGUCCCCAUCAAGUGACUGUGUUAGCCGUUGUCUACUGCAAUACAGUGUGGGGUCACAAUGCAUUUCAUUCCAAAGGCUUCUGAGGGUUUUAGUUUGUGUGUGUGUGUGUGUGUGGAGUCUUCUCCUAGCCAGUGUUGGACAAACAGCUUUAAUUUCAGCCUCAUCGCCGAGACACUAUGUCUUAGUGUUUGUCUGUCCGGUAAUUGUACGGUCAUCCAUUUCAGUAGAAUCAAGUUUGAUAGGAAAUGGGUGUGUGUGUGUGUGUUGCACUUGUUUAAUCUUUGGUGCUAAGAUCUCGUCAGUCCGAGUCUGAAUCAGGGACAUGUUUGCAUUCGAGGUGUGUGUGUGUGUGGAGUACUCUUUGUCUCACUGGGAUAUUUGUCAUCAACAGUAGCAUGAAAUGGCUUGUAUCAUGCGUCACUCUCCAGCCACGCCAUCUGUUUGUGUUGAGAUACUGUAUGGGUCAUUUUUUUUUAUCUCAUAAGAAGACGAACACGCUAUGCUAAGCAGACACUUUUUUCUACUGGUUUCCUUUUAUAUUUGUGUGUGUGUGUGUGUGUGUGUGUGUGUGUGUGUUGGCCUUUGUCAUUUCAUCAGGAUAGCUGGUUUGUGGAGAUGAUGCCACAGUGGAGACCUCUGACUGAAACGGUUGACGUUGAGAGAAAGUGACACUACUCCCAAUAUGGCGUCCUGUAUUCUCCCUUCCUUAAGUUGGCAUCAAGUCAAAAUGGUCCUUCGUGCCGGUGUAUUUAUUUAGGCUUGCGCUUGGAAACAUAUUAUCCAUUGAAAUAGCUGUUAGGUUUCUGGUUUUGGUGCGAGUCCUCAUAGUGGGAAACUGGCCUCUCUCCAGUGUCAAUGGAGCCAGCAGGGGAAAUUGCCCCCAGGAUAUAGGAACAAAAGGCACAUAAAGAGCCCUCCUUCCUCUCCCGUUCCCCUAUGGAGGGGAAACAAGAACAAACACUACCUAACCCUUAGCCCCCCUUACAUUGGCCUCCGACAAAUACUGAACUAGACAGGGUUGGUGUCUGUUCACCAAGCAGUCACUUUGGGCUUGGAUUAUUGUUCCUGUUUUUUUCCUGGAAGGGAAAACAAGCGUGGACAAAGUGCGACGCCACUCUGAGCCGCGGGCGACCGCUAAAGACUGGACAUAUCGGUCAGAGAUCAGGGGUGAUGUCGUUAGGUAGCCGGUUUAUUUUUUUGAACUUUCCGGGGUGGAGGCAGAGGGAGCCCUACGGGCAGAUCUCUGGCUGUGGAAACAUGGUUCCACCAGGCCAGGGCAGAGCAGGGCAGUAAAGAAUUAAUGGUCCAGUAGCACCAUGUCAAUCGGUAACUGGCCCUGAGCUGCCCCCAAACCUACUAAUCAACCCCUCUCACACGCCAGAGGGACAGGGUAGAAGUCGUCCCUAACCACUGAUUCCAGAUCAGAUAUUUCUUAAUCUCCUUAAUGGUUAAAGCCAGAAUUGUGGCUAUGGUUAUCUGAUCCUAGAUCUGUGGUUUAAGGUCAACUUUAACCAACUACAGUACAUGCAACAGGGUCACUACAGGGAUCCGAGAAAUGACAGAGGUCAACGUUUUCCUCUCCACUGCAAGACCUUAUGGGAAAACACUCUGUGGUCUAGCCAGACAGGUGUCUGCGGGCUUGGUUUAGUACAUGUCAGCUUCAUGUGUUUGCUAAAACAUGAUGGUUUCAGAUGUAUUGGAUGUGACGAGGCAGAGAGAAUGCCUAAAGUGCUCCUGUGGCACAUUGUAUGCUGUAAUGCUUUGUUGUUGAGAGGAUAAAUAUAGAACACAGUUGUCAAUCACCCACAUUGUUGGUUAUAUGCUGCACUACAUCAGCUGCACUAGACCCCAAGACUAGACCAAGGGGUUAUCUGUAGCUCAGCUGUGUCUUAGUGUGGCUGUGGAGACCAGGGCCCAGUUUCCCAAAAGCAUCUUAAAGAGCGACUGACCCUAAAAAAAAAAGCAACUUCUCGUUUUUGAAAAUGGCCUACAUGAGUCAGAAACACGUAUUCUACUGUCAAAAUUGACUGCAGGGUGUAAUUUUGGUCAUUACAAGUCAGUCUCGUCCAAAACCGUUGUUACUAAAGUUGCAUUUGAAAACGCUCAUUAUUUUCCCGACUGCCUCAGAACAGCGGAGUGAGUCGUUAGAUGCUUUUUAAAAAAUAUAUAUAUUUUUUACCCUUCCUCGUCACUUUAUACACUAAACAGAAGGUCUCAGCUAAACAUAGAAUCAAGAUGUUUAUCUGUCUCUGUGAACGCAGAUAACUUAAGAACGUAGUUGACUGCUACAAAUACAAAGUUGCCAAUGUCCUUGCGAUUGUUGCAAAACUAUAAGGUUCCAAAAUACAAACUGAGUUGACUGUGGGGAGCAGACGGACAAAAACAAAUAUAAAUACAGACAAUAGGCGUAUGUAUAUAGGCUACAUACAGUGCCUCUGGGAAAAGUAUUCAGACCCCUUGGCUUCUUCCAUACUUUGUUAGGUUACAGCCUGAUUCUAUAAUUGAUUAAAUCGUUUUUUCCCCCCCUCAUCAAUCUACACACAAUAUCCCAUAAUUGACUAAGCAAAAACAGGUUAAAAAAACCUGAAAUAUCACCAUUUACAUAAGUAUUCAGACCCUUUACUCAGUUCUUUGUUGAAGCACCUUUUGCAGCGAUUACAGCCUUGAGUCUUGUUGUAUGACGCUACAAGCUUGGCACACGUGUAUUUGGGGAGUUUUGGGCUAUGGCUGUGGGCCACUCAAGGACAUUCAGAGACUUGUCCCAAAGCCACUCCUACGUUGUCCUGUCUGAGGUCCUGAGCGCUCUGGAGCAGGUUUUCAUCAAGGAUCUCUCUCUGUACUUUUGCUCCAUUCAUCUUUAAUUUAAUCCUGACUAGCCUCCCUGCCAUUGAAAAACUUUCCCACAGCUGCCACCACCAUGCUUCACCGUAGUUUGGCCGGGCGGCCAGCUCUAGGAAGAGUCCUGGUGGUUACAAACUUCUUCCAUUUAAGAAUGAUGGAGGCCACGGUGGUGUUCGGGACCUUCAAUGCCGCAUAAUUUUUUUUGUACCCUUCCCCAGAUCUGUGCCUCAACACAAUUCUGUCUCGGAACUCUACAGACAAUUCCUUCGACCUCAUGACUUGGUUUUUGUUCUUACAUGCACUGUCAACUGUGGGACCUUUUUAUAUAGAGAGGUGUGUGUGCCUUUCCAAAUCAUGCCCAAUCAAUUGAAUUUACCACAGGUGGACUCCAAUCAAGUUGUAGAAACAUCUCAAUGAUGAUCAAUGGAAACAGGAUGUUUCUUCAGUUUUUUAUAUUUAAUACAUUUGCUAAAAUGUCUAAACCUGUUUUUGCUUUCUCAUUAUGGAGUAUUGUGUGUAGAUUGCUGAGGAUUUUUCUUUAUUUAAUCCAUAACAUUGGAAAAAGUCUGAAGGCACUGUAUAUAGGCCUGUUUAUUUAAAUCAGAUUCAAAUCAAUUUCAUGCUCAAUCAAUUGAGUUCUAGUUUGCUGGCUAGCCUACUGUGCAAUUUUUACCUCGAUACAUUUCAUGAUAUGUAAUGUGUGCAAUGAUAUGCCAAAUCUCUGAUUUGUGCAUUAUUAUUGUGUAAGCAUUAGAAUAUGCCGCCUCAAUAUUUGCAGCCAUUAGGUGAUAAUCUCUCUAGGAGCUGAUCCGUUGUCAGUAUUGUGAAAUUAUUAUAAUGUUAAAGUAAGAUAUGAAUAGACAGAACUGAUCCGAGAGCAGUGCUGCCUUUCUUUCGAUCCUACCAGUAUUGACACCUGCUCCAACGACGCACUUGGCGAACGUUCUUUCUGCGAUGUGUUUUGGGAAACGCAUGUUAACAUCUUCGGGCGUUGUAGGAACGAUGGAUUGUUAAAAACUUGUAAACCUAAAUUCCAUCGCUAUCGCGGAAACCAGACACCUGAAGUGUCUCACUGGCAUUUCUCCUCUCUUCACGUAAAUAUUGAGACGGCAUGAGUUUGUUGGAUGAACUCUGCACUCAGUGUCUUUGUGUCAGUCAGUCUACAUGUACGUCUGCAGCAUUGAGCUAUAGACUGGUCCCGAGACGCUCAAAUAUGUCCCUCUUCUGAGAACAGACAAAUCAAUGUGACAAAUGAAACAAAGCGAGAGGAAAAUAAAAAUGACUGUAAAUGAUAAGAGACUAGAGCUGCCGUUAUGUGGUGUACAUGUCCAUUUUUAUUUUUUAUUUGUUGCUUUUUCCCCCCUUUUGAUUAUAAUUAUUAUGGAAGAAUACUGUAGUAUCAUAAGUGAAAUCAUUAUUCUUUGCUAGGCUUAGAACUUGCUUGUGAUUGAUAAUGACAAUGUAUACCUUGUUUAAAAAAAUAAAAAAAGGUUAACAAAUCUGAAAAAUGACCAAAAAAACUGAAAACAUCGAAAAGUGAUCAGUCUGAGGCCAAGGUAAAGGACUCGUUUCUUUGUGUUUUUAUUUUUUUUAUAGCAACUUAUCACUGUGUGAUAUUUUGUAUAUCAUAUUAAGCUGCAUUCAAACAAUUUCUAACUACAAGGGAUAAGAGACCUGCUUUUUAUUGAGUUUGUUUUAUUAUAUAUAUUUUUUGAACUGCAUUUUUAGCUUGUAUCAAAUGACAGAUUUUCCUCCUUUGGUUUUGUUUACUUUGCGGGUCUCGUGUUGUAUGUCAUUAAAGAAAAAUGAAAAAAGAAGCGAUUUUGUACAGUGAAUUUGAGAGCAAUAUUGUCAUUCAUUAUUUCUUAUCAACUGUCAUUCUUUGCUGUAUAACUACAUGUUAAUGAUCCAGGGCUUCCCUCAUAUGUUCCUUGUAUAGAAACAUAGUAGGGUUGUUCCUCAAAAUGAGUCCCUUUUGACAUUUUAAUUAGACAUUUUACGCCAAAAUGGAAUUUUUAAAGCCUGUUAUUAAAUGAAGUGCCCUUGUGAUAUAGACCACAUGGAAAAUGCAAAAACAAUGUAUGAAUAAAGUCUUGCUAAAAUGCCAAAAUUCA